GAUCGUCGUAUUACGCUACUAAAUGAGGAAAGAGUAAAGUUCGGCGAAAUACUUGAAAACACCUCCAAAGAGCGAGAUGACGAAGCUGCUGCACUCGGUAUGCACAAAAUGGAGGAAAUACGCCAGAAAAUUCAAGAGCGGAAACGAAAAGGUCGAAUGUGUGCCGCUGGGGGAUUGAUUGGAAUGGGAGUGGAUCACUCUCGUUCCUCGUCUGGAUCACUUCUUCAGUCUGGAUCGCACAUCAGGACGUCUUCUGGUCCAUUUGAGCAGACAAUAAUGGACUCAGCAGCGUUAUUGUCCGAGAUUUCGACGCCCUACGCUAAUCGUCCAUCGGUGUCAACUGGAUAUCAUAAUUUAUUCAACGGUGAAAAACGGGAAACUGCCGAUGGGGACAGUGUAUGGAAUGUCUAG